AUGGUCAGCCAGGCCAUCAACGGCUCCAGCAACGACACCGACGCGAAGGACCUGAACAUGCACUACUGUGUCGAUCACCUGUCACAUGGAGACGUCUUCAUGAUCGCAGAUACUGGAUGUCGUAGGAGUGCCGGACCGCCGUGGCAUGCCGCAAUGACGAAGAGGUGCGCGAAACGAAGUCUCAAGCCCGUGGAAAGGUCGGUGGACGAAAGCUUCAGGUUCGGUGAGGGCGACGUGAAUCAUGCGACGAUCGUCUACGCCGAUCCGAUUGGAAUCUACGGCAAGAUGGGACAUGGGAACGGGGUAGCGGACAUCCUCACAUGGACCGACGAGAUCCGCGUGGGCUCCGAGACGCGCCCUAUCCAGGACAGCCAUUCGGGGCAACCCAUGCUAAAGGUCGACGAAUACGGCGACUUGGACUGCGUGCUGGACGAGUUCUACAUCGGCGUCGACGACCAGGAGGCGGCCAAGGAGAACCAGACCCUGGACGACGAGAGGGACAACGGCACCUACGAGGUGAUGAAGCACGAGCUGCACCGAACCAGCCAGGGCGCCAGGAAGGGGCUUGCAACGUGCACCGAGGUGCUCAAAGGCGCCUACGACCACAAGGCCAAGGAGAAGAAG